AUGAAGGUUGCUGCAAACAAGAGAUUGGAAGUUGAUGUAAAAAUAUUCAUAAAAGAGGAUUUAAAGAGGAUUGCUGAUCAUUUUGAAGAAGGUGAAAUGGAUAGCAUUGCAGUUUUACUCCAACACAAUGGGCAAUGGGAUCAAAACAAAAACUAUAUCAACUUUGAUGUUUGUGGAAUAGUAAUUAGAAAUGACUUCAACUACAACAACUUGAUUGGUAUGAUUUGCAAUGAAUUGAAGCUGCAACUUAAUUCUACACUUUUGACAAUACAGUAUCAAGUUAAAGAUGGAUACCCUCCUUUAAAAAUAGUUGAUGACUCACAAUUGAAGUUCUACAUAGAGUUGAAGAAAAAGGAAACAAAUUUCACAAAAUACCCUUUGUGUCUCACAAUUGAAUUCAACUCAAUGCAGCAAUCUUUUUUCUCAACUAGGAGUACAACAACACAUAAUCAACCAUGCAAUGAAGUUGCACAAACAGAAGAAGCAGCAUCAAAUUCAGAUGAUGAACCAGUUGAUUAUUUGGGUGAUAAAGAGGUUGCAGACUUUAUUGAUUAUGCAGAGCUGGUGUCCAAUCAGAUUAUAGAAAUGAUAGAUGAAAGAAACAUAAAUAAUGAAGAAGAAGUGAUUGACAUCGACGAUGAUUUAGUCAUCACCAACAACCGUCACCAAGAGAUUGCUUUGUCUCAAAUAUAUAAGGACAAAGAAACAUUGAAGACUGUUUUGAGCCAUUAUGCGAUAAAUAAUCAUUUCCAGUAUUGUGUACAAAAGUCAUGCAAAAAGGAAUAUCUAGUUGCUUGCCUUGAUAAAAAUUGCAAGUGGAUGUUACGAGCAUCAAGGAAUGAAAAUACAAAUCAGUUCAUAAUUAGAAAGUUUAGCCACAUUCACACUUGUGCUUUGGAGAUAAGAUUAAAAGACCAACGUCAAGCAACCUCAACAAUCAUUGCAGAUAUGAUCAAACACAAGUUCACAAACAUCAAAACAAAGUACACAGCUGCUGAUAUAGUGAGGGACUUGAAACAUGAUCAUGAAGUGCAAGUCAAAUACAGCAAAGCUCGGAGAUCUAGAGAAAAAGCUAUUGAAAAAGUUAGAGGAAAAGCAGUUGAAUCUUAUGCAGAAUUGCCUAGUUAUCUGUAUAUGUUGCAUCACACAAAUCCAGGAUCCUAUAUUGAACUAAAAUCAGAUGAAGAUGGGAUGUUUUUAUAUGCUUUUGUAGCAUUGAAUGCUUCAAUGAAAGGCUGGCCCCAUUGCAUACCUGUCGUAAUAGUUGAUGGGACUUUCUUAAAAUCAACAUAUGGAGGGACAUUAUUGGUUUCAGCAACUCAAGAUGCUGAAGGUAAAAUCUUCCCCCUAGCAUUCUGUGUAGUUGAUUAA